AUGUCUGAAUCGGAAUCAACACCAGGCCCACGACGCUCUCAACGAGAGAGAAAGCAGGCGAAGCCCUUUGUCUCUGGUUCCCAACAGAAGAGGAAACUCAAUGAAGUGGACUCUGGGGAUGAAAAUGAACGCCUCAGUGAUUUAGACGAGCAUGAUGAGCCCCAAGAUGAAGAGGAGGAGUAUAGUGCACCGAGGCCAAAACCAAAGGCCGCACCAGUGGCAGGGAGAGGGAGGGGGAGGCCGAAAGGAUCAGGGUCAACAGUGAAACGUCCGCCCAAGGCAAGACCCACUGUUCCAAAAAAACCCACUGCAACGCAACGCAAGGGUAAGAAGGGACAAUCUGCAUUUGAUGCCUCCGGCGCAGAAAAAGUCGCGAGAGAUACUCAAAUCACCAACGACAAUGCUCUGUUCAAUGCAAUCAUGAAUCCGUCUGCAGCCUUGCAGUCUACAGUAGAAGAUUUCUUGGAAUCGCUGUCAGAAACUCCAGGUCCAGCACAAGCGGAACUGGUCAACAACAUUCUGCGAUGUUGUGGGUCCAACGACACAGUGAAUGCUGACGAAGCUAUCGACUACGACGGUGUAGUUGAUGCCCUCGACAAUUUUACUGAAGCACUGAAGCAGACAUGGAUCGUCGCUAUGUCAUCUUCUCAGCUACGUAGCUUUCGGCACACGGCUACAGUCCUCGCCUUAGAGGUAGAAACAGCUCUUUGCGAUGUCGCUGCCGCCGUCGAAAAGGAGGCAGAGGUUAUCGGAAGGCAGCGAGAGGGUGAGAGGAAGCGUAAGGCUGGUAACAAGAGCAAAGUCAGCAAUGGACGGGAUAAAGAGUUGGAAGGCAAAGAGAAAGAAGUGAAGAAUCGGAGGACAACAUUGGCGGAAUAUCUGAAGGAAUUCGUGGACGGUGUUUUUGUUCACCGGUAUCGCGAUCUCGACCCUGCGAUUCGCGCCGAAUGUGUGCGUGCAAUAGGCCUAUGGUUCAUCAAGUAUCCCGACCACUUUUUGGAUGGGUCUUACCUGCGCUAUGUUGGGUGGGUGCUCUCAGAUGCCAAUACUCAAGUGCGCCUUGACGCUGUCAAGUCGUUAUCCGGAGUCUAUAAGAAGGCGGACUACAUCAGUUCUCUCCAGCAUUUCACAGAUCGCUUCAAGCCACGCCUAGUUGAGAUGGCGACAGGCGACACUGAGCUCGCUGUGAGGGUUGCUGUCAUUCAAGUCCUUGGCGCAAUUGAUGAGCAUGGCCUCUUAGAAGAUGAGCAACGCGACGCGCUUUGUCUGCUUGUCUUCGAUGAAGAGUUCAAGGUCCGUCGCGCUGUCAGUGGGUUCGUUCGAGGUGUAUGGGAGGAUAUGGUGGAGGAGCUGCUAGUUGCAAAGAAGGCCAGUGAGCAAGAGAAACAGAGGGUGGGUGUCAAAGCUCUAGGGGCGCUUUUGAUAAACCUGGGAAAAACGUUGGAUAAAGUCGAUAUCGCAAGCAAGGAGGAGGAGGACAACGAAGAAGUCGCCGAGAGCAGUACUCAACCAAGAAGAGUAAAGGAAGUUGCGUCUCUUGUAGGCGCAGAGCAGAGGGGCCGUACAGCAUUGGCCGUGGAGGCGCUUUGGGACCAGGUGCAGCCCGUCAGUGAUUGGGAAGCAUUGCUAGAUGUUUUGCUGUUAGAUCAUUCGGCUUCCGGUGACGAUGAAGCUGAGGUUCCUCGAGGACGCAGAUCAAAGGGUAAACAGGCUGCUUCAGAAGUCAGCAUCGACGAGGCGUGGCGGCUGGAGGAGGCAGAAGAAGCUGUACUUCUCGAAGUGUUGGUCGCUGCUCUGCGAAAGGCUAAACUUGACGCUUCAAGUGGUAAGAAGGGAGAAGAGGAGACGACAUCGGUUAAUAUCACACGUGCUUUGAUCAAGGGGCUUCCACGAUUGUUCGCGAAACAUCAAACUGACGAAAUCAGGAUUACUGAAGUUCUUUUAAUACCCCAACUGAUGCACCUCGACUUGUAUCUCGAAAUGCGGAUGAUUCCUGCAUACGCAAGCCUCUGGGAUGACGUUAUCAAGCAGUUCUCUUCGCACUCCUCGCCGACCGUUCUCUCCCAUGCGGUUGCUACAAUUCGGCAUCUCAUGGAUGCUACCAGUCUUUCAAAUACCAACAGCACCAAAAUUCUUGAGUUAGAGGACGAACUAGCUCAAUCUCUACGAGACGCUGUUGCGGGUCGAGACGAGCUCGAGAUUGCUUCAUUCUCCGAAGAUGAGGUUUUGCUCUUGGGUGCUAUUUGUGCCCGCUUGACUGCAUUAGCCGGAACACGGGACAUGACUUCCUGGAUGGAAGAGGACGAGGGUGGCAAACAAAGUAGCGCUUGGGAUAUCAUGAUUGACCAUGGAGUCAAUCUACUGACGCUGCACAUAAUCUGGAAAGCUAGACGACUGCCAACGGAGGCACAACCCUCAGCAGAGGAACUGCGAUUCCGCGAAUCAUUUCGGGAGGAGCGUGAAUCUCUCCUCGAAAAACUCGUGGAAUAUGCUGUUGGUUCUCAAUCAAACACAGCAGAUGGUGUGCGGCGAGCAGCAGAGGAACCAUCAGGAUCUGCAUUAGCCACUUCGAUGCUUUCAUUGGUACUCGACGACGAAGUCCAGUAUCGUUGCGCGGGCUUCGUACAAGCGGAGAUCGAGCGCUACGCUGACGAGCUGGUUGAAAACAACCAAGCAGAAAACGACAAUGAGAACAGUUCCACCACCAACACAAAUUCGCGUUCUCAGCUUGAACGAGAAUAUGUUUUCAUUGGCGUUGUGUCAACAUUCUUGCGAGUGAUCCGCGUUGGAGCAGUCCACGUCCAUCAUAGCGCUGUCCUCCUGGUUCACUACGGUCGGCUGGGCCCUGCCUUUGACUUAUGCUCCAAGGUCAUCGUCGAAGUCUUACGAGAGGAAGGGAUGUACAAUGGUCACGGGGAUGCUGUUGUGACUGUUAUUUCACAAGCUCUUCGAGAGUCGUUUACUCUCGUGCUUGAAGGCGUUGUCCCAAAUGAAGCAACCUCCGUGUCACUUGGAAAGCUGUUGGCUUCGUGUCUACUGAUUCGUGGGGCUCAGCUGUCUGUGGUUCGUCGAUUGGACAGCGAACAUGUCAUCAAGAUCCACACCGAGUUAUUGACAUGGAUCGGCAAGCGCCUUGCUGCGUACGAAAAUAACAAGAACAAGAAGGGCCGAAAAACGGCGGUUCUGUUUUUCAAAGUUCUACAGCCUCUUCUAGCGCCAGUCGACAACCGAGAUGCGUUAAAGAUGCUCGACAGCAAAGCACACAUGGACCAGAUGCUCGCUCAAGCGAAAGUGGAAAUCUCUGCCACGUCGCCCAUUUGGGAACCCCAACGUGCUUACGAAAAACGGCUGAGCACAGCGAUGUCGAAGACUAAAGCUCCAGGGAAAAGUCGCAGAUCACAACAGAGGUCAAAGGAGGUACUCACCACCGACGAUGAGCAAGGCAAUAUAAGCGAUGGGAACGAAACAGUUGAAGAAGUGCCCUUCCAACAGCGGCCUGCCGAGCUGGAGUAUGCCUUGGGGCAAAGCGAUGACGAGCUGACACAAGAGGACGCUGCAACUCCGAACGAGGUCGAAUCCUCGUUGUCCCCUCUAGACACCGUGCGGUCUAUAUCCGAACGCCCAGUCAAUCCGCUGGAGGACGAUGAGGAUGAAGGUAAUGCGCCUGUCACACCCAAGGCUUCGCGAAAGCGGCCACGGAGCGAGGACGACGAGCCAAAGGCAAAUCAAGCGCUGGAGAAGAGCUCGACUGCCAUAGAUUCCAGUCGGCCUGCACUAUCUCCUGUUGAGCGACCUGUUUCCCGAGCCAGUUCCACCGGAGAGAUACGUAUCACAAGGAAGAGAGCCCGUCACUGA